GGGGAGGGAGCCCCCGCCUCGUCAUUUUGCUGAUGGACUUGGGUUUGGGCUUGGGCGACUGCAUCUGCUAGGCCGUCUGGGCGCACGGACGAGAGGGAGAGCUCCGGAAGCCAGGCGUGGAGCGUCUCCACGAUGGGGUCGGUGGGUAACUGCGCGCUUGGGGUCUGUGCCACACUGGAGUUGGGGAAUAUGCGCGUGACCCAAUCCAGGAAGUCCUCUGAGGUGAUGACCCCCACGAAAAAAAGCCCAUGGUUCACCCAGACCAAGCCCAGGGAGACGCCCACCUCCGCCUCAGGGAGGUGUUCUAUGUUCAGGGGGAUGGGCGGCGGUAGGGAGAGGUAUUUAGAAAGCAGUUCCUUGUCGAGGACCAACACCAGCAUGGAUGUCUUUGGGGCGCACGUAUGGCGGGACAGGCGUAUGAGCGCGGGGGUGGAGAGCCUGAUGUGGAAGGCUGUGUACGGGCAGCGAUUAAAUACGCUCACCAGUCAGGAGCUCAGAUACCUGCACCUGGUGCUGUGUAAGAUGUACGGGCUGUGUCUCAACGUAUACUUACUUCGGGAAGCCGUCGCCAACGCGGGCAACCAGGACGACGUGGUCUUAGGCAGGAAGGUGCCCCGCGAGGUCUGGAAAUUUAUCUAUGAUGGGUGUGUGCAAAAAAUGGGUAUUACGCACGAGAUGCUGGUAGAGCAGGCUAGCAGUGCCGCCCUGUGGCUCCGUCUUAAUUCCAAACCCGAGCUGCUGGCUGGACUCAGCAGCUACAUCCUGCACAGGCUCGGGGUGAGGGUACCGGUGACGGUGGCCCCUAGAAACCUCAAAGAUGGAAACUACCUCUACACCCUGGGGGGUGUCCUUCCCGGAAGGUUGCUCAUGCAGGGUACCUCAGGCUCCAUAAAACUUUUCUCUCAGAGGCGACGAGCGCUGGGUAUCUGGGGCCGGUGGAUGUUGUCUGUGGGGAUCGGAGAUGCAUGCGGGGAAUCCCGGCACAAGAAGGCGGCGGCGCGGAGGAACAAAAGAAGGCGCAAUCGGAUACACUUCACUAUCUGUUUAUUUUCAGUAACAGCCACUUGUUCUAAACCACAGCCAUGGUUGUUGGCAAAAAGCCCAAAACAACAAAAUAAAGUCUGUCAUAGUCAUCAUGCCCCGCGAACUGUGCUCUGAUGAUUGCUUGGGCCG